AUGAACCUGUUCACUAGCAUUGUGGCUGCUAUCGUCAUCUUGAUGGUAUUUGACCAAACACUGGUCACCGAGGCAAGAAAGAUGAGAAAAACAGACGGCCAAAACCAUUACAAAGCUGGAUCUACCGAUGCUUUUGCUCCUACAUUACCAGGGAACAGUCCAGGCGUGGGACAUAGAAAUGGUAAUGCCCAAGGGUUUCAAGAUGACUUCAAGCCCACGGAAGGAAGAAGGUUGCAGAAAACGAACGAUUUCGCACCUACUACUCCGGGAAACAGUCCUGGGAUUGGCCACAAGAAAGGGACUGGGAAUGUCGGAGGAUUAAAGGAUGACUUAGAGAGCACGGAAGGUCAAAAAUAUUUCAAAAACGGAUCUACGAACGAUUUCGCACCUACGACUCCGGGAAACAGUCCUGGGAUAGGCCAUAAGAAAGGAGAUGAUUUCGCACCCACGACACCAGGACAUAGCCCUGGGGUUGGCCAUGCCGUCAAGAACGAUGAGCCUAAAGCCUAA